ACGGUGAGAACAUGUACAUGAGCAUGACAGAGCCGAGCCAGGACUAUGUGCCAGCCAGCCAGUCCUACCCUGGCCCAAGUCUGGAAAGUGAAGACUUUAACAUCCCACCUAUCACACCUCCUUCCCUCCCUGACCACUCUCUGGUGCACCUGAAUGAGGUGGAGUCUGGGUACCACUCUCUGUGUCACCCCAUGAACCACAAUGGCCUGCUCCCGUUCCAUCCACAAAACAUGGACCUGCCAGAGAUCACCGUGUCCAACAUGCUGAGCCAGGAUGGUACACUGCUCUCCAACUCUAUCUCUGUGAUGCAAGAUAUCGGGACCACUGAAGGAGCUCAGUACGGCUCCCAUCCUCAGAUGGCAGCCAUGAGGCCAAGAGGCCAGCCUACAGACAUCAGGCAGCAGGCGAGCAUGAUGCCGCAUGGUCAGCUGACCACCAUCAACCAGUCCCAGCUGAGUGCACAACUGGGUUUGAACAUGGGAGGCAGCAACGUUGUCCACAACUCCCCUUCUCCCCCUGGGAGCAAGUCAGCAACGCCUUCGCCUUCUAGCUCAGUGCAUGAAGAUGAAGGUGAUGAUGCCUCCAAGAUCAAUGGUGGAGAGAAGCGGCCUGCCUCUGAUAUGGGAAAAAAACCAAAAACUCCAAAAAAAAAGAAGAAGAAGGACCCUAAUGAACCCCAAAAGCCUGUGUCUGCCUAUGCUUUGUUCUUUCGUGAUACUCAGGCUGCCAUCAAGGGCCAAAAUCCAAAUGCUACCUUUGGUGAAGUCUCUAAGAUUGUGGCUUCAAUGUGGGAUGGCCUUGGAGAAGAGCAGAAACAGGUCUAUAAGAAGAAAACCGAGGCUGCAAAGAAGGAGUACCUGAAGCAACUAGCAGCAUACAGAGCCAGCCUCGUGUCCAAGAGCUACAGUGAUCCUGUUGAUGUGAAAACAUCUCAGCCACCCCAGCUGGUCAACUCAAAGCCGUCAGUGUUCCAUGGGCCCAGCCAGGCCCACUCAGCUCUGUACCUAAGCUCUCACUAUCACCAACAACCAGGAAUGAAUCCUCACCUCACCGCCAUACACCCAAGCCUCCCCAGAAACAUAGCACCCAAGCCGAAUAACCAAAUGCCAGUGACUGUGUCCAUAGCCAACAUGGCUGUGUCCCCACCACCGCCCCUCCAGAUCAGCCCACCUCUUCACCAGCAUCUCAGCAUGCAGCAGCAUCAGCCGCUUGCCAUGCAGCAGCCGCUUGGGAGCCAGCUUCCCAUGCAGGUCCAGUCUGCCUUACACUCGCCCACCAUGCAACAAGGAUUUACUCUUCAACCCGACUAUCAGACUAUUAUCAACCCUACAUCCACAGCCGCACAAGUUGUCACCCAAGCAAUGGAGUAUGUGCGUUCUGGGUGCAGAAACCCUCCCCCACAGCCGGUGGACUGGAAUAACGACUAUUGCAGUAGUGGGGGCAUGCAGAGGGACAAAGCACUGUACCUCACCUGAAAAAUCUCAACAUGUCUCAUUUCCACUGAGGAAUUCAGGGAAGUCUUUUCAUCAUGGAUUGCUUUGUGCACUCAAGGCAAUUCUUCAUUUUAUUAGAAAAUACAAGUUGCUAAGCACUUAGGACCAUGUGAGCUUGUGGGUCACCCACUCUGGAAGAAAUAGUCAUGCUUCGUUAUUAUUUUUUUAAUCUUUUAUGGACAUUGUUCCUCUUCCGUGAAGGAAGUAUGGACUGUUCUGAUUUCUGUUGGGUUUGCUGUGAAGUACUGCGCUCUAGUAACUGCCUUAGCUACGGUAGAUGUCUGGGGUAAUGGUCCUGGGUUUUCAUUGGUUUUCAUAAUGGGUGUUUAUAUGAAACUACUAAAGACUUUUUAAAUGGCUUGAUGUAGCAGUCAUAGCAAGUUUGUAAAUAGCAUCUAUGUUACACUCUCCUAGAGUAUAAAAUGUGAAUGUUUUUGUAGCUAAAUCGUAAUUUGAAACUGGCUUACACCCCAGUUUGUUUAUUUCACAGAGGGGUUAAAUUGGCAAACAUUCAUAUUUUUACUUCAUUUUUAAAAACAACUGACUAAUAGUUCUAUAUUUUCAAAA